AGUGGAUAAAUAAAAAGUGGAAAGAAGGUUUUCAUGUAACAUCCAUGACCACCGCUGGGAGUCGUUGGGGUGUAGUAAUGUCCAGGAACUUAGGCUACUAUGAACAGGUGGUGGAGCUUGACUUUUUGUACCCAAGUGACGGAAUACAUCGAAGAUGGGAAAGUGGAUACAGGAUAACAUCAAUGGCUGCAACAGCCGAUCAAGCAGCUCUUAUAUUGAGUAUACCUAAACGAAAAGUAACCGAUGAAACCCAAGAGACUCUCCGCACUUCUGCCUUCCCAAGUACCCAUGUCAAGGAGAAAUGGGCAAAAAAUCUCUUUAACGGCUCUAUCCCUCCUGAAUUGUUCUCCUUAAAGAAUCUUCAGUGCCUUGACUUGAGCAGGAAUGAUAUUGGUGGUACGUUGAGUGGUAACAUCAAAGCGCUCAAGAAUCUGCAGGAACUGAUCUUGUCUGAGAAUUUCAUUGAGGGAGAUAUUCCUCCAGAAAUAAGUAGUCUUGCCCAACUGCGGACGCUGACAUUGAGGCAGAACCUGUUCAGUGGUUCUAUACCAUUGUCUGUAUCACAGUUAACGAAGCUCGAAACUUUUGAUCUCCAGAACAAUUACUUGUCUUUUGAAAUUCCCGACGGUAUUGGGAAGUUAGCCAAUAUAUCAACUCUGUCUUUGAGCAUGAACAAGUUGUCUGGUGGAAUUCCAUCGUCCAUUCAGAAUCUGACAAAUCUUGACACCCUUGAGCUUGAGAAUAACAAUGGCUUGUACGGUGAGAUUCCUACUUGGCUGUUUGGUCUUCAGAAGCUGAAGAUAUUGCGGUUAAGAGGAAACAAAUUCCAAUGGAACAAGAAUGUCUCUGUCUAUGCACAGUCUAAAUUAACACAUCUGUCACUUAGAUCUUGUGGCUUAGAAGGGAACAUUCCGGAUUGGCUCAAGAAUCAAACAGCUCUUCUUCCUGGAUCUGAGCAUGAACAAACUCGAAGGAAGUUUUCCCAAAUGUCUAUAAGAUUAUCGGUUCUUGCGCUAUCAAGAAACAAAUUCUCUGGUCAGAUUCCUGACACGGUAGGUGAAACAUGGGUCAUGAUAUUGAUGCUGUCUGAAAACAACUUCUCAGGAUCAGUACCAAAGUCUAUCUCAAAGAUCCACAGGCUGCUGUUGCUGGACUUGUCAAAGAACAAAUUAUCCGGUGAAUGCCCAUGUUUCGACCCUGAGUCAUUGCUUGCGUUACUCGAUAUAUCUUCCAAUGAGUUCUCUGGGGAUGUUCCAGCUUUCUUUGGAUCAAACACCAUAAUGCUAUCUAUGAGUCAGAACAACUUCAGUGGCGAAUUCCCUCACGACUUCACCAAUCUCCCAUCUCUGAUGCAUCUUGAUCUUCAUGACAACAAAAUCUCUGGCAAUGUCCCGAGUUUUAUCUCCUGGUUGUCUUCUUCUCUAGAGGUACUUAGCCUGAGAAACAAUUCCCUCGAAGGUUCAAUCCCAGAAGGCAUAGCAAUUCUCAAGUCUCAAGGUGAAAUCCCGCAGACACUUUCCAAGCUCAGGGAGCUGAAUGUAUUGGAGUUGAGAAACAACAAACUUACAGGUAGAAGUAGAAUCCCUGAGAGUCCUCAGCUAGACAGAUUGAACGAUCCAAACAUUUACGCGAACAACAAUAAACUAUGUGGAAUGCAAAUCCAAGAACCAAGCUCUACACAGACCAAGCAGCCAGAGGAAGAUAAAGAGGAAACAAUGUUUUCAUGGAAAGCUGCAGUCAUAGGUUGUCCUUGUGGAUUUCUAAUGGCAGUUGUCGUAAUGUAUAUGGUUGGAUAUUUCAGCGACUCAUCAGUCAUCACCACCACCAAGGCGAUCUCUCAAGAACAGAGGACUGAAGAAAUCAAAAACUCUGUUUUCUUGAAACGCAAUGGAAGAUCAUUCAGAUGCUGUAACAAUGAAAAAAGUACGAAAGAUAAAACAGUUUGUGAGCAAUCCCUUUUAAGACCACAGUGGUCAAAAUGAAGUGAUGUUAUCAAGAGAGUUAAACAAAGUAUUGUUAAAUCACUUUCCAAAAAGUUGUGUGUUUUACUCUAUGAAAACAGAAUCGUUUAUAAUGAUGAAACAUUGCUAGCAUAUAAAUUCACAAAUUUUUG